AUGAAAGUUAUCGGAUUCCAAAGUGCUUAAUUCUUUUUAUUUGGUGCCAUUUUAUUAUUUUCCUCAAGAUGCUGUGCUGAAUUUACUAACUCAUUUGCUGAUUGCGAAGAAUUCAUUAGUAAUUUUUACCCUACUUAGGAUAGUGAUGGCUCACCAACUGGCUCAAACAAUCUUAUAUAUGAAAAUAUUGUUUGCUAGACUGAUGGGAUCUGCCCAGAUGGAAUCAGACGAAUUUCCUGUUCAUGGAACAGAUUUCUACAGGUAAAAUGCUCGACAAAUAGUCUGAAGACUUAGAUAACUGUGAUUACUAAUGGCAUGCCUAGCAACUGCUAUUACAACAGAGGAGAUGCUAACUAUCCCUCUGAUAGCUUGGAUUUCUAAUUUAGUCAUAAAUACAAAUUUACUGUUGAUUUCAAUGUUCAUCCAGAAGAUACUUUCAUUGCUCUGGGUAAACCUGAUACAAAGGAUUUCAACUAAACUUUGAUAGAGAGUUAGUAUUAACUGGAUAGCUACCUAUGUGCUUAGGGUGUAUUCAGAUCUAUAUUUUUAGAUUCAAACAUUAGAUAUAGUGAGGAGUUGUACAUUGAUAGUUAAAUCACUCAAUCUUCAUGGGAUUAUAAUUCAAUUGAUUUCCCAAGAAGCAAUUUGAGAAAUUCUGAUUAUAUUGUAGGGGUAGCUCUUAAUGGAGUAUUUCUGACGAACGGAAUAAGUAGUGAAGGUUUUGAUGGAUUUUACCCUAAGGCAUAUAAUAGAAGAACCUAAGUUAAGUACUUUGAGCUAGACAUAUGCUAUGGCAAUUCAGAGGAUUUUAACACCUAUUCGUAUAGAAUGUUUUCCCCUUGCAUGUAUCCUUAAUCUCCUUUGAAAAAAUAUGCAUUCAGUUGCAAUCAUUAAAACUAUCUAUUCUGCAGCACUGACCCACAAAAGCAUAUUAAGACAUAUACCCCAUAAUCUGUUUAAAAACAAACUCUUAUUGGUAUAGCUAGAGAUGGAAGAGUGAUCUAUGGCCCUUUCAAAAGUCCUGGGUCAUUCUGGUAGCCUUGCGAUGUUGACGUUUGUAAUGGAAGAUAUUUCACAGGCAACUAUUAUGGGUAUGUAGCUACAAUGUUUCACCCUUACAUAAUAGGCUGCUGGGGACCAGGAAACUAGCCUGAAUUCAAAGCUUCAUGCUCUACUAAUCCCAGAAUUUGCACUGGGAGCACAUUUUUAUAAGUUUAAUUGUGGGUAUUAGCUUUUGGAAUAUUUAUAUUAGACUUUGCUUUUUGA